AUGCAGGGCCAUGAAUCGGUGUAUAGGAAUAAGGCGCUACAACUGGGAAGCCCGGCACUUCUGAAGAUCAGUCUAUCUAGUCCGUCCGUUAUGGAGGAAAUGCAUCGCGGUGGGAGGACUCCAACCUGCCCCCUGUCGGGGAAGGACGUGGAUAAAACCGAAGAUAUUCAGGAACCCAAAGGCGUCUGUGGAUCUGGUACAUUUCACACCCGCUGA